AUGAAGCCGCAGAAGAAGACUUGGGAUGAGGAAAUGACAGAAUUAUUCUGUGAAUUUAGGCCAGGGCCUCCCACAAAUACAAAUAUAAAUACAUUAGUAGCCAACAGUGAAAAGCAACCACGGUUAUUCAGACUAUGGGAUAUUAGCCAGAAGUUCCUCUUCCUGGUGAACAACAUGCUACUAGCAAGCUCACAACAGUCUGGCUCAUCAGAGCAAUUAAUGGCGGUGGUCCCCAAUCUCUCUCUAAAUCCAACGAACCAACCCAUCUUUAUGGGCCUCAGCGAUAAUACACACACACUGAACUGUGUGUUGGCUGGGAAGGGUCAACCAAAGCUACAGUUAGUGGAGAGAAAUAUAAUGGAUCUUUAUAGAGCAAACGAGGAAUUCAAGAGUUUUACUUUCUACAGUAAAACUCAUGGCAGCGAUGAGACUUGCUCUUUUGAAUCUGCUGCAUUUCCGGGUUGGUUCCUAAGCACUUGGGAUGAGCCGAACAGGCCUCUUGAUUUGAGUCGAGGUGGAACUCACUGCAUCACUUCAUUUUAUUUCGAAAGGAAGGACUCCGUUUAA